GGAAUUCCAGAUUUAAAAUUUGCUCUGUAACUUUUUUUCUGAGUGGCCAGUGUGAUAGUGACUUAGUGAUAGUUUCUGUAGAAAACAAGAUUUGGUUUGUGUUGUAGCAAUACGCGGAUGGCGCGCGAUCAAUCGAUAAUCCAGAAAGCCAAUUAGAACCUAAAACCAUACAACACUAAAUGGACAACACAGACAAAACGCCACACUGCACAGUAAACACAUCCAAUAUUUGACACGAGAAUUCUUAAAGAUAAACUGAAGAGGAAAACUAAAUAAAUGGCCUUUAUGAGUGGGCUGUGGAACUCGAUUAUCGGUGGCGAAAAUGAGAAGGAGGUAGACUGGCCCGAGAUCACCACCGUCUACUUCGACGACUUCAAGAAAUACUUCUCUGUCUCAGAGCGAGACAAACAGGAGACCCCGGUGGUCUACUCCGACGUGCACAAAAUCAAGUUCAACCGAACUGGUCUCGGUUUGGAGUUCACGCCCAUCACAUUCUUGACUAUCUACAACAUUGACACUAGAAAAGCGGAAGUAAAGAUGCCCAGCGGUAGCGUCGACAAGCCAGUCAUCGAGGACAACCGCGAUGGUACCGUCAGCAUCAAGUACGAGCCGAGGGAGGAAGGAGUCCACGAGCUCCUUGUCAAAUACAAUGGAGAACAUGUACAAGGGUCCCCCUACAAGUUCCACGUGGACUCCAUCGCGUCCGGGUUCGUGACGGCGUACGGCCCCGGCCUGCAGAGCGGCGUCAGCGGCGAGCCCAGUCUCUUCAGCAUCAGCACCAAGGGAGCUGGCGCCGGCGGGCUGAGCAUGUCCGUUGAGGGACCUAGCAAGGCUGAGAUAACAUGCCAUGACAACAAGGACGGCACAGUGGCAGUGCAGUACCUGCCCACGGCUCCCGGAGAGUACAAGGUCUCCGUCAGAUUCGCAGACAAACACAUCAAGGGCUCUCCGUACACCGCCAAGGUGACGGGCGAGGGUCGCAAGCGCAACCAGAUCUCGGUGGGCUCGUGCAGCGAGGUCACGCUGCCCGGCAAGAUCACCAACAACGACAUCCGCAGCCUUAACGCCUCCAUCCAGGCGCCCUCCGGCCUCGAGGAACCCUGCUUCCUCAAGCACCUGCCGUCGGGCAACAUCGGCAUCAGCUUCACCCCCCGUGAGGCUGGCCAGCACACCGUGUCCGUGAAGAAGAUGGGCACCCACAUCCAGAACUCACCCUUCAAUAUUACCGUACAGGAUGCUGAGGUUGGAGACGCUAAGAAGGUUCUGGUGGCCGGCGACGCGCUGAAGGAAGGCAAGACUCACGCUGACAACACCUUCACUGUGGACACCAAGAACGCGGGUUACGGAGGACUCUCGCUGUCUAUUGAAGGCCCCAGCAAGGCGGAGAUCCAGUGCGCAGACAGCAAGGACGGCGUGCUCGCCAUCAGCUACAAGCCCACGGAGCCCGGCUACUACAUCGUCAACCUCAAGUUCGCCGACCAUCAUGUGGAGGGGUCUCCUUUCACUGUCAAGGUGUCAGGCGAGGGCAGCAACCGGCAGCGCGAGAAGAUCCAGCGGCAGCGCGAGCAGGCGCCGCUCACCGAGGUCGGCACCAACUGCAAGCUCACCUUCAAGAUGCCAGGCAUCACAUCCUUCGACCUGGCAGCAACCGUCACCAGCCCUGGCGGAGUCUCCGAGGACGCAGAGAUCCAGGAGGUGGAGGACGGGCUCUACUCCGUGCACUUCGUGCCCAAGGAGCUCGGCGUGCACACCGUGUCUGUGAAAUACCGGGAGAUACAUAUUCCUGGCUCCCCCUUCCAGUUCACGGUAGGCCCUCUCCGCGACUCCGGCGCCCACCUGGUGAAGGCUGGAGGCACCGGGCUGGAGCGAGGCGAGGCCGGGCGGUUCAACGAGUUCAACGUGUGGACCCGAGAGGCCGGGGCUGGCCAGCUGGCCAUAUCCCUGGAGGGGCCUAGUAAAGCCGAGAUCGACUUUAAGGACAGGAAGGAUGGGUCUUGCGACGUGUCUUACAAGGUCGAUGAGCCUGGUGAAUACCGCAUCGGGCUCAAGUUCAACGACCAGCACAUCCCGGACUCCCCCUUCAAGGUGUACAUCAGCCCGGCCAUCGGGGACGCGCACCUGCUGGAGGUGGCCCAGUUCCCCGACAGUGCCCAGGUGGAAAAACCAGCCCAGUUCUACAUCCGGCUGAACGGGGCUAAGGGGGAUUUGAAUGCUACGGUUCGUGCGCCAUCCGGCACCACCGACGACUGUUUCAUCCAGAACAUCGACGGAGACCAGUACAGCAUCAGGUUCAUGCCGCGCGAGAACGGCGUCCACAACAUCAACGUGAAGUUCAACGGCGUGCACAUCCCCGCGUCGCCGCUGCGCAUCAAAGUGGGCAAGGACGACGCCGACCCCGCAGCCGUGCACGCGCACGGGCCCGGCCUGGGCGCCGUCAAGACUGGUGUGAAGACAGACCUGAUAAUCGACACGUGCAACGCCGGCGCCGGCAUCCUCGCCGUCACCAUGGACGGGCCCUCCAGGGUCGCCAUGGACUGCACGGAGGUCGAAGAGGGGUACAAGGUCCGCUACACCCCCCUGGCCCCUGGCUUCUACUACAUGAGUGUGAAGUACAACGGCGCCCACAUAGUCGGCUCUCCGUUCAAGAUUGAGGCUACUGGUGGAAACCUAGCCGAGGUAGGCGCUCAGGAGACGUCAUCAGUGACGGUGGAAACCGUCCAGAAGGUUUCCAAGGCAGGCGCCAAGCAGGGUCCGGUGCUGCCUCACUUCAAGUCUGAUGCCACGAAGGUCACCAGCAAGGGCAUGGGGCUGAAGAAGGCCUAUCUCAACAAGCACAACCAGUUCUCUGUCCAUUGCGGUGAUGCUGGCACCAACAUCCUGUUCGUGGGUAUCUACGGACCCAAAGGCCCUUGCGAUGAGGUCCAAGUGAAGCACAAGGGUCGCCACAACUACGAGUGUUCCUACGUGGUCAGAGACAGGGGGGACUACAUCGUCAUCGUCAAAUGGGGAGAGGACCAUAUUCCCGGAUCUCCUUACAAGGUUGACGUUUAAAAUGUUUAAAACCUUUUGGUGGCAGCGGUCGCAAAAUUUUUAGUGUAGAACUUUUUAAAUAUUUGAAAUUAGAAUUUGGUUCUGGUUCCGCUGAGCGUUAGGUAUUUUUGUGUUUAAAAUUGGAAUGGGAAGAAAAAGUUAUUUAUAAACACGAAUUAGGUUUAGAUGCUUAAUUUAAAAAAAAAGGUUUUAGAGCUCUUGACAAGUUUCUUUGCUUUAUUUUCAUUCAUUUGUUUGAUCGCUGCUGCUACUGUAUGUUUCUACUUAUUGAUUUUUGUAUUUAUCGCACAAGAUUUAGAUCACAAAAAGACAUCGCACUUGGAUUUUUAUAUAACUUUUUACUAAAUAUGAUCUCUGUAGAAAAGAACACAUUUUUAUGAAAAAUAUUCUUUUUGUGAUCCAAAGUAUAGUUUUAAGUUUUUUUUUAUAUUUGACUUGUGUUUGUUAUUCCCUUUUUAAACAUCUAUUUAAUCUAUUAUUUUUUAUGUAUUAUCUAAUUUAAUAUCUUUGGAUAUAUCUCAUAACUUAUUAGGUAUAAGUAAAUGAAAAUUUUAAACCUCAGAAAUGUUGUACCAAAGAGUUUUUAAAUAAGUCACUUUUAUAUGUUUCUCAUUUAGCUAUAGGGCGACUAAAUGACAAAGCAUAUAAAAUUAUGAAUCAAUUUAAGUAUUCCCCAUUUAAUUUUAAGAUUUGUAAAAACGCAUCUUAUUUUUCAAGAAGUCUUGGAUAUUUUACAGUUUAGGGAACGUUUGUUCUUUUCCCACUUUUUGUACAAAAAGUGCGUUAAAAACGAAUCUGCUUGAUUUUCAAGGAGCAACACAUUUUAAACCACAGGUUUUUCUAUCACAAUAAUAACAAAAAAAACUCUGCUUUUAAAUGUGCGGUAAAGCUCAUCUAUCAAAUAAAUUGCGUUUUUACAUUAUAAAAAUAGUUACAUAAUAUAUUAUUUUAAGUACUUAUUAUGCUUCGGGUUUGUAUGGUUUGUGCAGUAUGAUUUUUUACCUACGUAGGUAGAAUGACCCCAUGUUUAUUGUAAAUAUCUAUAUUAAGUUUAAAUUAAUGUUUAAUAUAUUCUGCGACUGUUAACUAAAAUAAAGGUGAAAACUUC